AUGGAUGAAAGCAAUUCACCACAAUCUCUUAUGGAAGACAGAAUCAGCGAUUUACCAGAUAAUUUAAUUCAUAUGAUUCUGUCUUUCAUUGACAUCAAAGAUGUUGUUCAGACCAGCAUCUUGUCAAAAAGAUGGCAAUACAUUUGGAGAUCUCUAUCAACUCUAAACUUCGACGUGUCUGGGCACAGUUGGCGCCGAACGGGAAAAUUUAUGAAUUUUGUGUAUAAUAUACUCUUGUUUCGUGACGAUUGCCGUAUACAGAGGUUUCAGCUUGAUUGCCGUAAUGAAAGCAUUGAUUCAUCUCAUAUCAAUACAUGGAUUGCUAAAGCUGUAAAACAUAAUGUUGAAGAGCUAUGUAUCAAGAGCAACACAUCGAAUGAAUUCUCUAUAUUCUCGCACUGCUUAUGUACUUGCAAAUCAUUGACAAUGUUUGAGUUGAAGUUGCCACUGCGUUUCAACUUCGGUUCGGAGAUUGUUUCUACUUCGUCUGAUAACGAGAAAUUAGCUAAUGAGUUAUUUACUAAGUGUCCAGCUCUGGAGUCGCUGGCCUUGGAUAUCAGUAGAUGUGGACGUAUAAGUCUCCGCAUUUCUGUGCCCACUCUAAAGCAUAUCAGCCUUACAAGUGAUUCUUACAUGGGCGUCAGCAAGGUCACACUAUGUGCUCCAAAUCUCUCAUCCUUCAUCUGCUUUACUAGCCUGGUAGAAGAUUACCGUCUGGAGAAUCUUUCUUCUCUUGUUACUGCUGAUGUCAGAAUCAACAUUAAACAGUAUGAUAAGAUAAGCAAAAUCGAGCUUCACGAAAAAAAGAAAGUGUCUCAUGCUCAACGUAUGGUGAAAUUAUUGGGAGGGAUACACAACGUGAAAGUUCUGUCGUUAACAAAUGAUUUUAAGGUUUUAGCAGGAGCUCCUGAAGCUUUGGACUGUCAGCUUCCUGAAUUUCCAAAUCUCCAAAGGUUGAUCCUUAAAACCUGGCUCUCAAGAGGUUGCAUAGACGCAAUAAUACAUUUACUCAAGGAGUCUCCUAAUCUAGAGUUUCUGGAGCUAAACAUAGAACCGGUGAUUUUAGGUGCAAAACAUAUUUGGAACUCAGGAGCAUCAUUGCCAUUUAAGUUGCAUCACCUCAAGCAUAUUGUGAUUCGGGGUCUCCAAGGAUAUGGUAAUAAUGAAGUACGAUUUAUAAAAAUCAUGUUGAAAAAUGCCAUGGCCUUGGAGAAAGUUGUUCUUUUCGGUAAAUUUUCUCAAGAAGACUCACGGACAAAGAAACGAACCAAGAACUUCAAAGCGACACUUCUUGCAUAUCCAGGAGCUUCUAGUAUCAUCUCGUUCAGGGUCGACCCCAACCUUACAAGUGGUACUUACAUGGGCGGCCUUGAGAAGGAUGAGCAUAAAGAAGACAAGGUAAACAACAUCGAGCUUCAUGCAGCAAAGAAAGUGUCUUAUGCUCAAAGCAUGGUGAAAGUUCCAUUGUUAACAAACAAUUUUAAGAAACACAGCCUGCUACUUUCAAUGAUACAUCGCAUGACGCAUACAAACAGGGAAUCUGAUUGA